AGCUGAGUGUGAUAGAGUGUCUGUGCUUAGUCGCGCUGCAAAUUAUUAAUAAUUAUAGUUAAAUCUGUUUUGUAAACGAUUAAAUUGACUUUACCAUCAAGAAAAUGAACGUGCCAAGUAAUUACGCACCUAUCGAGAAGAUGUUGCGUGCCUUGGAGCUUAAAUUUUCCGACGAAAUUCUUGGAGAAAACGAUGCUACAUUUGCGUCUUACUUGGUGUCUCGUCAAUUAAGCAUCGAAAAUGUCUGUUCCGUGCUCACGACGCUGAUCAGCAUUGAGGAUAUAUCCAGAAUGUUGACAUUCGCAGAGCUCAUGCAGUUCGACGUUUCGAUCAAAGAGACUAAAAACGGCAACUGUAGCAUUCCGCUGCCUAAAAAGAAUAGUCAGUCAAUAUUGAUACCCUAUGUAGACGAAGUUUUGCUGCUGCCCAGCGGUACUCUGCAAGCUUCGCUAACGCCAAGGGAACGAAUUGUGAAACUAACGAGUAUAAGCGGUUUGGCUUAUAUAGUUUCCAAAGCGACGAAAGAAUGCGUUGUAUUUCGCAGGCGCCACAGCGUCAUUUCACCAGAAAACUUUAAGAACCACAAGUUCGAUGUGAUCUUUCGUUCUCCGCGAAUCCCGUUUCGUCUAAUGUAUCGAGCACUAAACCUGUUGUCGACAUCCCCAGAGACGCGUCGCUAUCUGUUUCCACUUUCGACUAUCCCGAAAUGUCCAAGCCAACUGAAAAGCUUCCCCUUGCUCAACAAUAACAUAGCAUCAAAUCCAGAACAGUUGAAAGCAGUACAGCAGAUUGUCGCAGGGCCCAAUCCGCAGGCACCCUACGUUCUGUUUGGGCCCCCAGGCACCGGCAAGACCACAACGAUUGUGGAAGCCAUCCUACAAUUGUACCUUCAGAAGAAAAGUCGUAUCCUUGUAACAAUAGCCUCGAAUUCAGCAUGCGACACGAUUGCCUUUAAGUUAAUCGAGUAUAUUGAAAAAGAUAAACGAUUUCAGGAACUUGCCCACCAUAAGUAUGUGCUGCUGCGCUUGGUUUCGUACACAAGAUUUAGGAAGAGCGCUAAAUCCAUGAAUCGGCUGGUGCUGAGGUACUCCAACUACGAGCUGUUUCGGGCAAACAAGAAAAAGACCAGCAAAUACAUAAAGCAAAUCGAAUUGGAGGAUUGUGGAAUCGUCGUGGCUACGCUGUGCACAGCCAGCAUGCGAGCUGGCCAGAGUCCACAUACAUUUACACACAUUUUCAUUGACGAGGCCGCCUCAGCCUCAGAGCCAGAGACAGCUAUGGCCAUUGCGGGCAUUAAAAGUCGCGAAUGCCACAUCAUACUCUCCGGGGAUCACAAGCAGUUGGGUCCGCACGUAAAGAGCGGUCGCGCUGUGACAUUAGGAUUGGAUCAUUCGCUUUUUGAGCGUCUAAUGAAACAUAACAUUUACGAAGAGGAUGACAGUGGUGCAUAUGACUGCACAUUGCAGUCACGAUUGCGACGCAACUUCCGAGCGCAUCCCGAGAUUGUUGGUAUCUACAACAAGCUAUAUUACAAUAAUGAGCUAUUGGCAGUGGCCCCACUGUCACAGGUUAACCAAGCCGCCAAGUGGAGCUUGCUGCCAAAUGGAAAGUUUCCCAUUUUAUUUCAAGCUACAAAGGGCGCCAUGGAGAGCGAAACUAAUUCAACCAGCAGCUUCAAUAAACUGGAGGCAAUGGUGGUCUGCUGGUAUGUGAUGAGCUUGCUCAAGGAGGGACUUGGUGACGUAAGGGUCGAUCAAGGGGAUAUUGGCGUCGUGACUCCAUAUUUGGCCCAACGCAAUCUUCUGAAGCGUAUGCUUCGUUUAAGAGGGCAUCCGAAUGUUGAAGUUGGCACUGUGGAGAGCUACCAGGGACGUGAAAAACCGAUUAUCAUUGCAUCGCUUGUGAGUUCCUUCAAGAGCACAAGCUUCCUGUCCGAUCCACGUCGCAUCAACGUGCUGCUCUCCCGUGCUAAGGUGCUGAUGAUACUAAUUGGUAAUCCGAUAAGUCUGGAAAAAAAUUACCACUUUAAGUUCAUCAUCGAUCAGUGUAAGGCAAACCACAACUUUUUGGAAAAUGUGGAGAAAUUUAAGGAUGACAGCCUUGAGGGGCUUAUAAGCAAGAUGAAUCUGAAGGAUGAUGAAAGUGAAGACAGUUGCAGCUCAUCUGAAGAAGAUGAUUAACGUUUUCUAUGUGUCUUGUAGACUUUUGAAUACAUAAAUACAAUGGUUUAUUUUCCUUUUCAUAAACAAAUUCAAACAAAUAAAUGUCUAAAAUUAAAAUAAAUUUUGUUUUAUAUCACAA